AUGGGAUGCGGGAGGAGGUGUCUGCACGGCCUGUGCGUCUGGCUGGUCCCUGCAGCUGCACUGGUUGUUGCCCUGUCUGGUCCCUCGGUGCCUCCUCUCUUGUCAUCUCUCUCCCCCUGUCCUCCCCUCCACCCACAUGUCCUCUCCCCUCCCCCUCUCUACCCUCUCCCAACCCUCCCAACCCCCCUGUUCCAUCCCCUGCUGCCUCUCUCACUCCCUGAUCCUCACCUCCCAAUCCCGCUGCCCCCCCUGUACCCCCGUCCGCUCUCUGCUGCUCUCGCCCCUGCCCCACCCCCGAGCCCACACCAUGGGGCGCGAAGCCCUGAGCUUGCAACCUCUGCUGGCUCUCCUGCUGCUUCCUCUGCUAUCCCCCCUCUCCUCCCUAGCUGGUCUGCACUCGCUGCCGUCCCCUUUGCCGACCUGCCUUUCACGCCAACUGACUGCGCAGCUGAUGCUUUCCCCACUGUGCCCUGUCAUCCGGCUAUCCUGCCUCAACCCUCUGCUCCAGCGAUCCCCCAGCCUGUCUCCCCUCUCCCACCACCGGCUGUCCCUGCAGUCUCGCUCGAGCUGCCUCCAGACUGGGCAGACAGUGCGUGGGGGGUGAUGGCUGCCCAACGGGGUCCUUGCGGGUGGGCCUCGGCUGCCUGGGGGGGUGGUGUGAGGAGGGCAGCCCGUUGGGUGAAAAUGUUGGGGCUGUGCGGCGACUUGAGUGCUUUGGGGGUCGGGGAGCAUGGCUCAGCCAGGAAGGCAAGGGUCCUGGCUGCUCCCCGUGGUGCUCGGAGGAACCCCUGGGGGUGGGGGCAUGAGCGUGCUGCCCUUGGGGGAGAGGGAAGGAGUGAUGGAAGGGACGGGGAUGGGUUAGAGGCGGGGAAUAGGAGUGCCUUCGGGCGGCUCUGCCCUUGUUGCACCCGCGCGCUCCUCUAG